AUGGCUAACGAACAUCUGAGUAUCAGUUAUGACGAAUAUGUGAACGGCUAUGACAGUGUCGACGGUCCGAGUGAUCUUGAUCAUGAGCGCGAGCUCGUGCAAAGUGACGCAGAAGCUGCAGGUGAUAAGGACAGCGACGAGGACGAAGUAGAGGACGGCGACGAAGAACCAAAUCCUGGAGAGGAAAUCAUCAAUGUUGGAACAAAACACAAAGGGAGGUCGUAUGAUGAAAUGAUCCAAUUAAACAAAAAUUAUAUAAAGUGGGCUGUUAGAGAAUAUGAAAAGGCACCCGAUGAUGCUUCAGAUAUGAUCCUCACUUUGAAAGAUCUCUUUGAUAGAAAAAAAGCUUGGUCUGAGAAGAAAGAAUUAAAGCGUCCAGGUUCCACUCCAAUGUGGUUUGGCAGGCAUGAGGGGAUUCUCAUUCAGGACCUAGAGUAUAGCUACGUUCAAUGGAUACUCAAUGAGUGUGCGGGUGGCACUGAGUUUGCCGAUUUCCACAAAUUCAAUCGCUCGAAAAAGAGUCCCGGAUCGAUUAUAAUUUGGUUUGGUCAAGAUAAAGGCAGAGUUCCGCCAGAUUUGGGACAAUUAGCCUGGGAAAUGGAGAUGGCUUAUAGAGCCAGAAGAGUGAGAAGACCACCUGAGAUUGUCAAUUACUGUGGUAGAAGAUUAGGCAGCGAGGAUGAUGGAGCGGCUUCCGACGUUGGAUCUUAUAUUUCUGAUGAUGGUUUUGUGGUCGCGGAUGAAGUCGAAACUUUCAAUGAUGACGAAGGAGAAGAUACCGAAGACCCUACCGAAGUUUACGAGCGGAACAGAAGUGAUGUCGUUGAGAGCUGGGAGGAUGGUCAAAGGCUCGCCGCAUAUUCUGACUUGGAAGCGGCCGAGAGCGAUAAUGAUUCCCUUCCCAGCCUAGAAGAGGUAUUGAGAGGAGGCAUGGCAAGCUCAUCACAUCCCUCCAAGCAAAGUCCGCCAGGCGCAUCAAAAGCCACCGCCAUUUCAAUUGACAGCGAAGAUGAUUCGGAAGAACUUAUAUACUCUUGCAAACGUGGAGCACCAAAAUCUCCCUCGAUAAACAAAAAGAGAGCGGUCAAGGACAUCGAUGAUGGCGAAGAAUCUGCUUUAGUUUCUGCGAAGGAUGGAGCCGAUGGACUUACAAAGGAACGUUCCAAUAAAUUGUAUCCUUCACCACCAGUAACUCAAGAGACAAACAUAAAGAAUGAGGAUAUCAAUGCUAUUGAAUCGGAUUCAGUCAUUCAAUUGGUGUCUUCCAGUCGGAGAAAGUCAAAGAACAAGACCCCUAAGAAGAGCAAAGCGCGAGGAAAAUUCGAUAUCGAUAGCUCAGACUCAGAUAUGCCAUUGUCACUCCCACAUCUGAGAACUCCAAGAAAACGAGCUGCGUCCGUAGAAUGUACAGGUUCCAAAACCAUCCUGACAAGCCCAACCAAAGAAAGGGCCCGAAAGAAGCAAUUCAGGGGAGAGGGAGCGAGGACAUAA